CUUUUACUGAUUAGCCUACAACUCCUCUGCAACUCUCACUUUUUAUUCCCUGGCAGCGGAGGGAUGUUCCCUGGAAGGAGGUUACAGCCCAGCUGAACAUUUUUUUUUUACCUUGGAAAAGUUUAGGAGUCAGGCUGAUAACUUCUUCUUCUUCUCGGAGAGUUUGUGAAUGGGGAGCAUUUGGGGAGACUUUUACGCAUCGAGUUUGAGUGACGCGCGGGUUGAGAUGUUAUAAAAGAAAAACUUCUUCUUUGACAUCCAAAAAACUCACUUUCUAAUCUUUUUCUUCAAUGGCAAGGCAGCGUUUUAAGGAGAUUCUCACUGAUCGACUCUCUUGAGAGAAACUUUGCUGAACUUUUGCAACAGCGUAUUUCGGCUUCCAUCACUUCUUAUUUUUUUUAAUUCUAUCAUACAGUGACCUUUCUUCGGGAUCAUUACUUCCACAGCUUCUACUUCUUCCCCCCGCGGAUUUUCAAUUAACUUCGCUUUGGAAGUAAAUUAAGUGGAUAUCAUGCCUCCGAUCGGGCCGGAGAGGCGCGCUGCGCUCUGCCGGGUUUGGGCUCUGGUUUUGGCGCUGCUGGUGUGCGCUGCCUCGGUGACUGGAUGCCCACACAAGUGCAGCUGCUCCGGGUCGCAUGUGGACUGCCAGGGUCUGGGUUUGAAGACUGUGCCUAAAGGAAUACCGAGGAAUGCCGAGCGCCUGGAUUUGAACAGAAACAACAUCACCAGAAUCACCAAGGUGGACUUCUCUGGCCUCAAGAACCUCAGGAUUCUUCAUCUGGAAGACAACCAAAUCAGUGUUGUAGAGAGAGGAGCCUUCCAAGACCUCAGACUGCUGGAGAGACUUCGCCUGAACAGAAACAAACUCCAGUUCCUCCCAGAGCUUCUCUUCCAGUCCAACCCCAAACUAGGACGACUAGACCUCAGCGAGAACCAGAUCCAGGCGGUUCCGAGGAAAGCUUUCAGAGGAAUCACAAGUGUCAAGAACCUGCAACUGGACAGCAACCACAUCAGCUGCAUUGAAGAUGGAGCUUUCCGAGCGCUGCGCGAUCUGGAGAUUCUCACCCUCAACAACAACAACAUCACCCUCAUCCCCCUGUCCAGCUUCAACCACAUGCCCAAGCUGCGGACACUGCGUCUGCACUCCAACAACCUCCACUGUGACUGUCACCUGUCCUGGCUCUCUGAUUGGCUCCGAGCCAGGCGGGGCUUGGCUCCCUUCACCCAGUGCAUGGCCCCCGCCCACAUGAGGGGCCUCAACGUCCCAGAUGUGCAGAAAAAGGAUUUUGUCUGCAAUGGUCCGGCACAGACGGAGUCGAGGACUUGUGUUCCUCAGGUAGCCGUGUGUCCCCCCAGCUGCAGCUGUAACAACAACAUAGUGGACUGUCGUCGUAAAGGCCUCACUGAAAUACCAGCAAACCUCCCUGAGGGCAUCGUGGAGAUUCGCUUGGAGCAGAACUUGAUUAAAAGUGUCUCAGCAGGAGCCUUUUCUGCCUACAAGAAGCUCAAGAGGAUUGACUUGAGUAAGAACCAGAUUUCUGACAUUGCUGCCGAUGCUUUCAGCGGCCUCCGUUCACUCACCUCACUGGUGUUGUACGGCAACAAGAUCACAGAGCUGCCCAAGGGAUUGUUUGAUGGACUGGUUUCCCUGCAGCUACUGUUGCUGAACGCCAACAAAAUUAACUGUUUGAGAGUUAACACCUUCCAGGACCUGCAGAACCUCAACCUGCUGUCGCUGUACGACAACAAGCUGCAAACAAUCAGCAAAGGACUGUUCGCCCCGCUGCGCUCCAUCAAGACUCUUCAUCUGGCCCAGAAUCCCUUUAUGUGUGACUGUCACCUGAAGUGGCUGGCUGACUACCUGUUUGACAACCCUAUUGAGACGAGUGGAGCGCGCUGCAGCCAUCCCAGAAGGUUGGCAAACAAGCGCAUCAGCCAGGUGAAAGGCAAGAAGUUCAGGUGCACAGGUCAGGAGGACUACCGUAGUCGUCUGAGUGGGGAGUGUUUCCAGGAUCUGGUGUGUCCGGAGAAAUGUCGCUGCGAGGGCACCGUGGUCGACUGCUCCAAUCUCAAACUGACCCGUAUGCCUCCACACAUCCCCGAACACACCACAGACCUGCGGUUAAACGACAAUGAGAUUGCCAUUCUGGAAGCUACGGGGAUGUUUAAGAAGCUGCCUCACUUGAAGAAGAUCAACCUGAGCAACAACAAGCUGAGGGACAUCCGUGAAGGUGCGUUUGAUGGAGCGGGUGGAGUUUUAGAGCUGCUGCUGACGGGGAACAAGCUAACUGGACUGCAGGGACGCAUGUUCAAAGGGCUCAGUGGCCUGAAAACUCUGAUGCUGCGAAGCAACCAGAUCAACUGCAUUGACAACAGCACAUUUAUGGGUCUGAGCUCGGUGCGUCUGCUGUCGCUGUACGACAACAGGAUCUCCAGCAUCGCCCCGGGAGCCUUCUCCACCCUGCACUCCUUGUCCACCAUUAACCUCCUGUCCAACCCGUACGUGUGUGACUGUCAUUUGGCCUGGCUGGGUCAGUGGCUGAAGAAGACCAGGGUAGUCAGCGGAAACCCUCGCUGUCAGAAGCCCGCCUUCCUGAAGGAGAUCCCAAUCCAGGAUGUAGCCACCCCCGACUUCACAUGCGACGGUGUUGAGGAUAAUGGUUGUCUUCCUACGUCUGGUUGUCCUGACGCCUGCACGUGCACAGACGGCGUGGUGCGAUGCAGCAACAGAGGGCUGCACUCUCUGCCCAAGGGCAUUCCCAAGGACACCACGGAGCUGUACCUGGAGGGCAAUAUGCUGACAUCUGUGCCCAAGGAGCUGGCAGGCUUGAAGCAGCUGUCACUAGUGGACCUGAGCAACAACAGCAUCAGCACACUGGCCCCCUUCACCUUCAGCAACAUGACUCAACUGGCCACACUCAUCCUGAGUUACAACCAGAUCCGCUGCAUCCCAGUCCAUGCCUUCGACGGGCUCAAGUCGCUUCGCCUGCUCACUCUACAUGGUAACGACCUUUCAACUAUCCCAGAAGGAGCUUUCAACCACCUCACCGCUCUGUCCCACCUAGCUCUUGGUGCCAACCCGCUGUACUGUAACUGUGACCUGCGCUGGCUCUCUCAGUGGGUCAAAGCCGGCUUCAAAGAACCCGGCAUUGCUCGUUGCACUGGACCUCCGGACAUGGCUGACAGGCUACUGCUCACCACACCACUCAACAGAUUUCAGUGUAAAGGUCCAGUAGAUAUCAGCCUAAUGUCAAAGUGCGCCCCUUGCCUCGCCACACCCUGCCAAAACAAUGGUACCUGUGUCUCCGACACUACUGGAUCCUACCACUGCACCUGUCCAUAUGGAUUCAAGGGUCAAAACUGUGAAAUCCCCAUCAACGCCUGUAUCAGCUUCCCCUGCUCUAACGGAGGAACCUGCCACAUUCAGACCGGCCAUGAAGACCACUUCAGCUGUGUGUGCCCGCCAGGUUUUGAGGGCCAACGUUGUGAGAUAAACCCAGACGACUGUGAAGACAACGACUGUGAGAACAACUCCACCUGCAUCGAUGGAGUCAACAACUACACCUGCGUCUGUCCACCCAACUACACAGGUGACCUGUGUGACGAGGUGGUUGACCCUUGUCUUGAUGGUUUCGACCCCUGUCAGCACGACUCAAAGUGUGUCCACGCUGCCCGCAGCUACAGGUGCGAGUGUUUACCAGGCUAUGUGGGCCAACACUGCGAGCAGGACUAUAAUGACUGCCUGGAGAAUAAAUGUCAACACGGAGCGGAGUGUGUGGACGCUGUCAAUGGCUAUACCUGCGUCUGUAAAGAGGGUUUCAGCGGGUUGUUCUGCGAGAACCCUCCACCAAUGAUCCUGCUGCAGACCAGCCCCUGCGACCAAUCCGACUGCCAGAACGGCGCCCAGUGCCUGGUGGUUGCUGGGGAGCCCGUCUGCCGCUGCAUGCCCGGUUUCUACGGCAACAAGUGCGACAAGAUGACCACCGUUCACUUCCUGGGUCGGGAUGGGUACGUGGAGCUGCCGAGCGCCAAGCUUCGUCCCACGGCACAUAUUUCAUUACAGGUGGCUACAGAUAAAGACAACGGUAUUUUACUGUAUAAAGAGGACCACGACCCCCUGGCACUGGAGCUGUACCAGGGACACAUACGGCUAAUCUACGACAUCGCCAACUACCCACCCACCACUGUGUAUAGUGUGGAGUCGGUGAAUGACGGGCUUUUCCACACGGUCGAGCUGUUGAUUCAGAACCGCUCGCUGAGCCUGGUGGUGGAUAACGGCGCCCCCAAGAGUCUGGGCAAGCUAGCCCGCCAGCCAUCAGUAGACCACAACACCCAACUUUACAUCGGAGGUGUACCAUCUCAGGUGGUGGCCUCAGGUCUACGGCCCGGCCCUGAACGUUCCCCUCAGGCUUUUAACGGCUGCAUCCACAAUGUCCGAAUCAACAGUGAGCCCCAAGACCUGAGUUACCGAGCCGCAGCAGGAGCGCGACCACAAGGGGUCGAGGGCAAGGGUGAAGGCAUUCUUCCAGGGUGCCAUUCCUGCAGUGUGUGCGCCCAGGGGGCGUGCAGGGCGGGGGGAGAGACGGGCGUAACAUGUGAUUGUCCUCCAGGACGCAGCGGGGCCUUGUGUGACCAGACGACAGCACCGAACGCCUGUCAGAACAGCAGAUGUGUUCAUGGUCAGUGUGUGCCGAAAGGUCAGUCUUACAGUUGCCAGUGCACUGAAGGCUACCAGGGUCAGUACUGUGAUCGACGGCAGGAGCCUCCAGCCUGCAGGGGGCAGCGCUGCGGACACGGGGAGUGUCGUGUGUCAGAGGCAGGAGAGGCAGUCUGCCACUGUCAACCAGGGUACGCCGGGCCUACCUGUGACACAGAGCUUACAUGUCAAGGAGAGAUGGUGAGGGAGCAGCUAAAGCGCCACCACCCGAUGAGAACAUGCACGUCCACCAGCAAGAUCCCCCGCAUGGAUUGUCCCCGAUCCUGCCAGGCAGCAGCACCCACCGGUGUCUGCUGUGGUGUUACAAAGAGCAGAAGGAGGAAGGCAGUAUUCCGCUGCACCGACGGCACCUCGUACUCCGAGGAGAUGGAAACUGCUCUGGAGUGUGGCUGCUCCAAGUGCCCGUUGUAACAGCACCGUUUGUCAGUUUGUUUUGCAACACCCACCGCUGCCAUUUUGUGAAUUCUACACGUCAACGAGGCUGUCGCUCUGAGAUUGUUCCAUGUUGAUGAGCACCACCAUUAUGUGAUUUUUUUUUUUUUUUUACAUCUUCAGUUUGACCGCCGCCAAUUUGCUGCCAAGAGAAACCACAAACAAAAACAAAAAUGGGACAUGUGUGCGUGUUUUUUGACAGAGAGAAAAUAUAUUGUAAGAUAUAAGUGAGAAAAAACAUAGAACUUAUUUUUAUUAUGGAUUUUUUUUUCUAAAAGAUGAUAAAAGGACUGAUAAGUUGUUGUUUUUAAUAUGUUGAUUAUAUAAUGUGUUACAUAGUAUGGAAAGUUAUUUUGUACCUUGUAAGGAGAAAAAAUACACAGCAAAAUAGAUUAACAUUCCUUAAAAGUAUAUGAAUUUAUAUGUAUGUAUAAAUCUAUAUAAAUAUAUACCCUAACCCAAUGAAUUCUAUAUUUUCAAAGUGUAUUUGCAUGAUGUUAAUGUGAGUGCUGAUGUGUGGGAGGCUUUGGACACUGAGAGAGGAGGGCUGAGAGAGAAGAGCUCCCUUCAUUUCACAACAAGGAAAAGGUGGCCUUUUGUUGCCCUCCCUCUUGGAGAGAAAAAGGGAACUAUAUGUGCCUAGCUAACCUGCUUCACUAUAUAAUGGACAUCAUCCUCACAUGUGAGUUGUUUGAGAAACCAUAAAAGACUCUUUUCACAGAGAUGAUUUAACAGUUUGUUUUAAUGUUGUGUAAUUCUCUAGUUUGCUGUUACACACCAGACUUGGAGCCACAUUCGGUUUGACAUCUGUCAAAAUCUGUUAUUCAUGUCGAAUUAAACAUUGUGAGUAAGGAAUUCCCAUUCAGGUCCACAAUAGAGAAAUCAUAUUGUGAAUUCAGCAUCAUGCUGACUCUCGACCUACCUGCUGCUAAGAUUCAAAACUAUCCUCCCUCAAAAAAACUACACCAUAGAUCAUUUGUACAACCCACAUUUGUGUUCACUGUGGUGGCGACCACAAGUGGCCAUAGUAAUUGUGACAGGAGCAAGUAAAAAGUCAGUUGAUGUAGUAUAAAGAGCAGGAAAGUCCACGGAACAGACACAGGACUUUCAAAGGCCACUGUUCAUGUCCUGUGUGAAACCAAAAGUAUGUUGUGUUCUAUGAUGUGUACAUAACUACGACACAUACCAACAUUUGGAAGUAAAAAAAAACGUUCUUUUUUAUAACCACUUACUAAACUACAACCAUUUCACAACAUUUAGGUAUGACAACUUGUUAAUCUCCUGCCACUUGGAGGGUCAUACAUUUGGGUCGUAUUAGACAGAAGGGACUUAUGAUCUAUGUGGUCUUAUGGGUUGGAGGACUUUUAAAAAAGGAAAUCCCUGAUGAGCCAUGACAGCUCAUAGCAGCGGUUCAGGUGGAAACAGGAAACCAUUUUCAAUCAAACCACCUUUUUUAAGAUACUAACAUUAACAAUAAGUUUUAACUGCCUUCUACGGUUGAACGUGUCACUACUGCGAGGUGUAGUUGGUUGUGGUCAAAAGUAUGCUCUGUUGUAUCUGUCAGCAGUGAUGUCACGUUGUACUGAAACACCUUGGGGUACAUUCCCACAUCACUGCAGCAACAUGAGAUGUUAAACCACGAAAGUACUGACAUUUUCUGCUAGUUUAAAUUGCCCUUUGAAUGGCUGCUCAACAUGAGUUGAUUUUCUGACUGGGUAGGGAAGCUGUUUUCUAUAAAGCCAUUAUGCCAAAGUCAAAUAUAAUUGCCUUAAAGGAAAAGUAUAUCAUAAAUGAAACUGAAAUUUUUUUUGGGGGGGGGGUUUCAACUUCAAGUGCCUUGGUGUACUUUUAUUUUGAAAUUCAAAAAUGUUGCUGCAAUAUUCAGCUGCUACUGAAUGUUGGAUGGUUUUGGAUGUAUGAGGGCAGGUGACACUUGUCAACACAAUCAAAGGUGGCCUUUCUUAGUUCCCAAAGUAAAUGAUGCUAACACUAAAUAAAGAUCUGUCUCUCCUGCAGCCCCUGUAUACAAUGUGUAAAACUUCCAAAGCAAUUCAAACAGUUUCAAGGGGACAUAUUAUGCAAACUUGCAGGUUCAUACUUGUAUUUUGGGUUUCUACAAGCAGCUAGAACGUGUUUACAUGCUUUUAAUGUUUAUAUUUCUCAUACAGUCCAUGUUGCCAUGAGUAUGUCAUGUAAGCACUGAAAUUUUGUGCCAGGAGCAGAUGAUAUAUCUUUCAUAUGAAGAAAUCAGUCAAGAACUGACAUCAGCUAGAGGCAAGAGUAGAAAAGCAGUUGGAUUCAGAGUGUUUAGAAUAAUCCGAAACCUGUUCUCUGCAACAUCGGACAUUUAAACAUAUCUAUCUAUUUAGCAGAAAAUAAAGAAAAGCUUAAAAGGUCCCCUUAAAUUGAGUCAAAAACAAGUGAAACCUUAAUCAUGCACAAGUAAUUUUGGUAUGAAUUAUUUGUUGAUAUUAGCCUCAUGUUUAAUGUGAAAUUGCAGCAUCAACAAGAACCCUUUCUUUUUUUCCUCUUACAGGGUUCAUUUGUGAUACAUACAGUGUGUUAUACUGUAUGAUAACAUUGCAAUAUAUGCUUUAUCAUGCAUACAGAGAAACAAAUAUUUACAUUGAGCUUGUUUUAAGAGAGUUUAAGAUUAAACUUUUUGAUUAUUUGUUAAUGUUUUAAAUUUCCACACUGACAGUGUCAGAUGGAGGUUGAAAAGUGGCCUGCAGUUAUCAACCAAAUGACAGUGUGCUCCAGUCUGAUCACAGCAAACCUCCACAUUAACUACUUGUUAUGUGUUGCGUCAAAGUAGUGUCAGUAAUUAUGUCACAGUUUUGGACCAAGGUAUCACAACAAAAACACUUCAACAUCAGUACGGUUUUUAACCACCUAUAGAUGACUAACAUCAUUAAAAGUAUAGCAAAAGACUAUAAUGUAACUACUACUGUUUUGUUUACUUUAUACAUUGUUGCUUUGUUUACAACAGGUGCAAAGUAUUGUCUCACUUUUACAGUUAAUUCAAAGCUCUAAUAUUCUGGGUGUGAGAUAUCAGUAUUAUCAUUGUCUGUCAAUGUCACAAUUUUCACAACUGCUGUUCCUUCUGGCUGAUCAUGCAAAUCACUUCUUUAAGCUCCACACUAUACCAUUCCCCUCCCUGCUUUUCUCUCUCUGUUUGCUCCAGCCAUUCAUUUUCACCAUCUCUUCCCUUUCCUUUUUUCUCAUUCUUUGCUCCCAUCUGGGGGUUUUUUAAACAGUUGAAGCUUCAGAACCAUUUAUGAAUGGAUGAAUUAGUUAUUGACAGUAAAAAAAAAUAACUGUAAAGUCAGCCAUUUCCACUCUCAAGGUCUUGGGUUAGAAAAAACAUGAAUAUGUGAGUGACAAUAAUUGAUACUUAUGUUGAAUGUUCAAAUUAAACUUCAAUUGAAACUA